AUGAAUCAUAGUAAAUUAAUUCCCAAGCUCUCUAUGCAAUCUCCUGUCUAUCAUGCCAACUUAAAAGUUCAGUCCACAAAGUUACCUUUUAAGAAAGAAGACGUACAUCUGAUUUUAAAAGACUCCCUGGAAGCUAAUUCAGAAAGCCUCACUCAAGAGAUUGAUUCCCAGUCUGAACGUGAAGACAGAAUCCAGGAUGACAAUGUGGAGACUGACAGCUUAGAGGAGGGGAGCCAUCCACAGGACAGUCUGAGCGAGACCGAAGAGGAAGCAAGCAGAAAGGCGGCGCGGGUGGCCAGCAAGGACAACCUCCAUACUGGGGACAGUGAUGCGAAAAACAGCCAAAAACCAAAAGAAGACAAAUACUCAGAUCUCCGCUAUGACCCAAACUGGAAGAGCAAGAGAGAGGAAGGGCCGUCGCUGAGUGUGGAAGCAUCGCCAGGGUCUCCGGGCAGUUCCACAGGAGAUCUGACUUUGGGUCCGCUCUACCCUUCCAGGGAGACUUCGCUGGAACUGCCAGGGGGGAAGGGCGAACAGAAAAAGAGCCCACAGAGCGAAGCCUCCUUACUUGGCAGUGAAUUUUUAAGCCCCGACUAUGAGCACGGAGCCCAUCACGGCAAGCCGUUUGCAGAGCUGAGUGACAGUGAUCUGGCAGAGAAGUCCGGCAACCUCUCUCAGCCCUUGAAGAGUUCACAUUCACAUAAAGAGGUUUUCUUGUCACGGCGACGUGGCCCUCGGCAAAGGAAGUCCAAACAAUAUUUUGUGGAAAAAAACAAGCUGACUUUGGGACUACCCACCUCUAAAAUGGACUCUUACCUUCAACUUCACAACAGAAAAAAGACGGAAACUCCCACAGAACAGGUAUAUCAAGAGCACUGGGCUCAAUAUGAAAGUGCAAAUUCAAGUACCGAACCAAGAGGCCAGUCUUCUGAAACCACCGAUGGGCAGCAACCUCCCAGAAGGCCAGCCGCGCACCAGAGCCGACAGCAGCUGGAACACAGCCAUGGCCUGAAGUCUCUGGCGACUGAAGUGCUGGUUGUCAGUCAAGGGAACCAGAAAGACACCACUAGACAGCAACGAAGUCAAAAUAAGCCUAUCGAUACCUCAGCAGAACUUCUGAAUGUCCCUAACAGUGAUUUUUACCCCCGAAGUGCACUUGGGAGCCAGGAGCCUAAAGUGACCUCCAACAAACCUGCUCCAGCACAGCAGACUUCUGGCAAGGUAUUAUAUAAACACUCCACUGGGUAUCUCCCAGUGACGAAUUAUAGGGAAGAAAGGGGACGCAAAGACCAAGAAGAGGGAAGGUUUUCAUCCCAGCAGCUACACAUCAACAAUCUUUCCCAUGAGGACUUGAACCACCUUCAUGGAUUUACUGAGAGUCACGUGCUCCUGAGUCACAGAGGCUCUCAGACUGUUCCUAACAUAAAGGUUAACCGACCAACUGAAAACAAGAAGCAACCCAAACACACUUAUACGGAGACAAAAUAUAAGAACUUGGAAAUAUUAUGGAAGUUCCAUUCUUCCUCAGCCAGCCAACCGGCCAGCGUGUCUCCAGACUCACGGCUCGCCCAGGUCAUGGAGCAGCAUGAGCAAGCCCUCCUGCAGCUGACCGAUGUGCAGCCCCGCGAGGCCACCUUGGCCAGCGUCACCUUUCCACCCAUAUUGUCAAGAGUGGAAAGUGAAUCCCAACUCAACUCAGAGAAAAGCCAAAGAAACCAAAUGAAAAUUAGUCGUAGCAAUUCUGAAGGCUAUCUGCUUCAACUGGAAAAAGGGAAAAAGCAGAGAAAAAGCAUUAAGAGUUCCAAGCCGAAAGGUUACCAGAAAAGAGACGUGAAGCUUGGAGGCCUCGGACCCGACCUUGAGUCCAUCAGAGAUAAAAUGCAGAAAUUGAUACAGCAAAAGGAAUAUGCAAAACAGGUUAAGGAGUACAACACGAAGACACUGUCCAUUCUGUCAAAGCCACAAACAACAAAAACAGAAAACAAAUCCACCGUCUCUCGGCAGAAGGCUUUGGAAUAUGCUAAGACCAUCCCCAAACCCAAACCUUCACAUCUGACUGAUCACAUGUCAAAGGACAGGAAAAUCCCAACCUAUGCUGGAAAAGAAGAUGCUCUGCCUGGAAUCUCACUGCUGGAAAUGCUGCAGAGCAGACACGAGAGGGAGAAGCAAGCCGUGGCCGCUUUCAGAGUCCUUCACAUUGUCUAG